CACCACCGAAAAAUGUAAUCGACGUAGUUUUGAUUGAUAGACAUAAAAAUGCAUGAAAAUCAAUAAUACGAAACACCACUGAUUUCUCUGCAAUAUUUUAUUCGCAAAGAAUAAUGAUUAAAAUUGAUUUGCAGUGAAGUGUGAAUUAAUGAAGAAGUAUAAUUACAUUACCCUUAAUUCCUGAAAAGUAUAUAGUGAAGAAAGUAUUGUUCGAACCUAUAUAGAGUUUGUUUACGUUAACAGUUUAUGAACUGCUUUAAGAACAAACGCAAUGAGUGCUCAUUUUGAAAUGCUCGAUAGCACUAAUGAUUGCAGCGAUAAUGCAACGUUACUUGGAAUUACGCAUCUACAAAAGGUUUUUUCUGAGUUCUUGCAAAAUAAAGAUUUACUUACCGAUAAGGAAAAGGAAUUACGAUUGUACAACAUGUUACCAUUGUUCUGCAAAUCGUUCAAGUCAUGCCACUCUGAGGAACUAUGCAACAAAUUUCCUGAUAUUGUUCAGUACUGUCAGUUUUUAUCCAAAUUAAUGGUAACGGAAAUUGAAAUACGUGGUUCCAAUCAAAGCACAGAAGCGGCGUCAAAAAAAAUAAUCGAGUUUCUGGAAAUUAAUGAAAAAGAAGAGACCAGUACAGGAUGGAUGCUACUAACAGCAAUAAAUAUAAUGGCGAGUGGACCAAAAUCUCUUAUACAGGUAAUGACGCAAUCUUCCAUUCCAUCAACUUUAGUGAAAUGUCUAUAUUUAUUCUUCGACUUACCUGCGUUGGAAGAAGAGGAUGGGAAGAAUGUAAACACAAAAAUUGCAUGUAAAACGAAACGUUCGAUGCUACAGAAAGUAUUUGUUCAGGUGCUCGUGCGUCUUUGCUCACAUCCGUAUCCGGCAGAAGAGCUAGCGCGUAUGGAUGAUUUAUCAUUACUAUUCUCGGCAGUAACAUCUCAUUGCCCUUCAUCGAACGUCAUUUGGAGAAAAUCCGCUGCAGAAAUAUUAAUGACUCUCUCUCGACACGGUUUGACAAAUUAUGUAGUGGGAUAUUUACAUGACAAAGGCUGCGUUUCAUUAUGCAUAGACAACAUGCAAAGGUCCUCGCAGCUACAACCCUUAGAAGUAGUAGAAAUGGUUGUCUCUGUUUUUUGUUUCCUUAAAGAUUCGAGUGAAGUGUCUCAAAUUUUACUUGACGAUUUCAAGUCUUGCCAAGGCUAUUCAUUUUUAGUCGAUUUUUUAUUAAAAUUUGACCAAGUGGAACAAAGGUCCCCCGAUACUGAAGCUGCGAUCAGGAAUCUUGUUCUGAUAACAACAUCUCUAUGUGUUUGCGGAUACACCGAGCUGAAAGUUCCAAUAAAUAACAACUUGUUGUUUCAAAUGCACGGUUUUAAAAUGCCACAAACUUCGGCACGAGGAACGUGCGUACGAAAUUUAUACGCCUUCCAAGUUUUACAAACAGUGUUCAUGAAGUCAGACGAUACCUCUCUAUGCUGCAUAAUCUUGGAAGCAAUAUCUAGUGUGUAUCACUCGGACAACGCUAAUUAUUUUAUUUUAGAAUCACAAAAUACGUUGUGUCAGUUUUCAGAAAUUAUUCAUAAAAAAACUCCACCAGUGCGUGAACGGUUUUUUGGCUUACUAGAAUUCAUUGUUUUUCAACUGAAUUUUGUCCCGUGUAAAGAAUUAAUUUCCUUAUCGUUGUUGCUGAAAUCAAACCAUUCAGUAGAAUGCAGUAUCUUGUGCAUGAAAACUUUUCUCAAUCUAUUGAAGCAUAAUAGUUUGUUUUGCGAUGUAUAUCGAGAAGUAGGAAUAUUGGAAGUAUUUGUCAAUUGUCUAAAGAAGUACAAAAUAAUUUUAGAAACGAAUAAUUCUGAUGUAAUGGAAGAUGGAUCUAAAGAUGACAAAAUUUUAGAAGAAAUGAUUCUGGAAGCUUUCAUAUUAUUAUUGAGCGGAAAUAAUAACAACGCAAGUGUGUUUCGAGAUAGCGGAGGAUCAAAGUGUAUUCAUGAUAUGAUUUAUUUUGAGAAUAGUCGAACGGCAGUUUUAAGGAUUAUUAGGGAAAUGAUGCUUAACACUGGAGGAGAUGAUGAGAUGUUACGUCUAUUAACAACAAUGCAAGAUGCCUCAUUAGAACAAAUACGACUGAAAAUUCACAUUCUAAAAUUAUUAAUAUCUUGUCUUCGUGACAGUCACCGGACUAGAACAGUUUUUAGAAAAGUAAACGGCUUUUUCUUUCUGAUAAGCAACUUAGGUGAUUUAAAAAAUAAAUUUGCUGAUCACAUCGAUACUACCGUAUCACAGCAAUAUCUACUUUUACUGGGUUUCACAUUACAAGCACUGACUACAGCAAUGCGGUUCGAACCUGCUAAUGCGAAGUUCUUCCAACAGGAGCUCUGCUACAACGCCUUUUUUGAUGCGAUAAAAGCAUUAGGAUGUUUUAGCUCUUCAACUAUUCUUGGAAGUAGCAACUCAUCAGAGUUCAGUUUAGAUUCUGUAACGAUUGAAUGCUAUAGGUCUCUCUUCGCUCAGGACAUUUCCAAUUUAGGCCAUAAAGUUCCAGAACCGGCAUCACUAUCAUUCGUGUGCGUUAUAUUUCGUAUGAUGUACAAUACAGCCUUAGACAGCUACGAGAAUAAUACCUUAACGAAUAUUGCAGAGAUAGACAUUCAUAAAAAUGUCACUACAGUGGAUAAACCGAAUAAUGGUAACAAGACAAUAAUAAAUACUUUGAAUCUAACACCGUUUUGCACGGAACCUAUUAUUGUACAUCCCGGCAUUGUGUUGUGUAUGUUGCUACUUCUUCCUUCAAUUGAGCAUCCACUGUAUACUCAUAAAGGGUUAGAUCUGCGUUAUUAUCUUGCCGAGAUAUUAAAAAGCUUAGUUCGUAAUGAGCGUAAUCAACAAAUAAUGUGUGAAGCAGGAAUGGCUGGCAGUUUACUGAAAUUUUGCAAAGCAGCUUUAUUAGUCGAACAGCAUACACUGCAUUUACCGUUGCAAUAUAUGUUUGAGCGUUUAGCGGUUCAAGCAUUGCAACCGAAAGAAUUUAGAGAAUUUUUACGUCUUGGUUUCUGUCCUGAGACAAUAGAGACUGGAAAUUCAAUACCUGUUUCAAUUCCAUUGACUCGUAUCAAAACGUUAGUAUCUAUGACCACCCCCAGGGACUUUCGGGCACACGGUUCAUACACUUUGCCACCAUUUGUUGAAAUUGAUAUGAGCUCUGAAGGAUUCGGGUGUAUAUUUUUACCAAGCUUAGCGCCGCAGGUACUCUCGGCAAACAGCACAGAAACGGAUGGACAAACAAUUGGAGGCAUUGGGACAGGCGAUAGAAGUUUCCCUCCUGCUAAUGGUUUGAGCUAUUCAACCUGGUUUUGUGUGGAGAAGUUUGGUGAUUCACGAGUUGAUCCACACUGUGUGCGACUAUUGACAAUAGUUAGAGCGGUCAAUAAACCACGAGAGGAAAAUUUUAUUUGUUUCACUAUUUUAUUAUCAGCAAAAGAUAAAGCAAUAAUUACAUCAACACAACCUACGCUGUUGGAGCAAAAUAAUGCGGAAUGGGAACCUGAAUAUUCAGAAGAAUUCAGUGUGCGCGUAUGGUGUCCAGAUUUGCUUAUAGAAGGACAAUGGCAUCAUUUAGUUGUGGUCAUGAAUAAAUUAGCUGCAAAGAAUAGCAGUUUCUCCCUUUUUAUUGAUGGGCAUCAUAUGCAUACACAAAAAAUACAAUAUAUCACUCCAGCACCGGGUACUAAUUUCCUUAGCAAUGCUUCUCCAACGUCAUCAGUGUAUGCGUACAUUGGGACUCCACCAGUUUGGAGAAGAUAUUCGAGGCUUUGUUGGAAGCAAGGUGUAUGCCAUCUAGUCGAAGACGUCUUUACUCAUUCUAUUGUGAAUAAAAUAUACGCACUUGGACCGCACUACCUUGGAUCCUUACAAGCUCCUCACACCGACAGAGCGCAGGAUGAUACGGUGAAUCCGUUAGUACCUGAAGAACGUGUUUUGUUAGGAUUGAAUGCUCGAGCUGUGUCGAAUUUGACUCUGUCGAAGAUAAGAAAAGUAUAUAGCAGACUAGACUGUAAGGCCAUAGCUAAGCAACUGGGGAUGAAUUCACAUGACAACGCUACUCCUAUUAAGGUGUUACAUAAUUCAGCAGGGCAUUUGGCAGGACCAGCACGUACUUUGGGGGGCGUUAUGAUUGGAUACUUGGGAAUUAGAUGUUUUAGUCCAAAUCCAGUUUCGGCAAUCAUUUACACCGUUGGAGGCUGUAGUGUAUUACUGGGAAUUAUUGCUAUGUCACAAAACGUGGAGAGUCUUUAUGCUGGUGUGAAAGCUUUAACAUGUGUAUUAAAAUCUAACAGGUCAACUCAAAACGAAAUGGAUAGAAAAAGAUACUACCAAACACUUGGAAUGAUUUUCAAAAGAAAAAAACACCUUUUAAACUCGCACAUAUUACAUCUCACCUUUAAUUUAGUUGGAACAGUCAAUAGCGGCCAGGAAACAUCAGCCAUUCCGAAUAUUAUGUCAUUCCAGGAUCUUUUGUGUGACUUCGAAAUAUGGCUUGGUGCACCAAAUGAUUUAUUAAAAUCUUUAUUGGAACAUUUGUAUGAGCUAGCAUCGGAAUCAAGUGAAAGGCGAAACAACAUUCGUAUCAUGCGAGACAUGCAGUGCAUCUCAAAAAUGUUAUUAAUUGUUGAUGAAAUAGAUGAUCAGAGUGCGAGAGAUGUGUUGUACAACCUGUUGGAAAUACUUCUCGGUCCGCAGCCACGAAUCAAUGAUUUAUUACUAUUUGGGCAACAUUUAGUAUAUAAUAUUCCUCAGCCCGGCAACGAUGAUGACAGAAAUAUGAAUUUAUUGGAUUAUAUAGAUCUGAAAUCACUUGUGUUGUACAAUCCAAAAAUGUUUAAAACUAACCUUUCACUACGAAAAAUAAUUCUCCGAAACAGAGGUCUGUGCUUGCUGCAUGGUUUACUUUUUACAGCACGAAACACUGUGAAUACUGCUCUUGGUGAGGAAAUCUCCAAAGUCCUAGGAAUCGAUUGGUUAAUGCUGUUCAUGCAGCCACAUUUACAUUCUUCAACAGUAAUCUGGGCUAUGCGCAUACUAGUAGUACUAUGUGCUAAUGAUAUUAUUAUAGCACGUUUACGUGGAGGUACUAUGAAUUCUGGUUAUAUGCGAAAUACAGAGCUGAUAUGUCAAAACAAAGAUGUUGUAAAGCUCUCGUCAUCGCAAGCAACGGCUUUAUCCUCAAAUUCAAAAAUUUCGGAUGAUAAUAUUCUUUCACUAAUAACAAAACAAAAUGAAGACAGCAAAACAUCUCAUACGCAUUGUUCGGGCUUUAGCUAUUUAGAAUGGCUACUACUACACCACAUAAACAUACCGGAAAUAUAUUUUCUUCUGACGGCACUCAUAAUGGGCCAACCAGUGAAGGUUCUUGGGACAGAGCAUAUAAAUCUGGACUUGGACAGGAUUUGGACUUUCUUAUGGGGGACGCCUGUAUCGAGUGCUCUUAGCAGUUCUACCUUGCCUAAGAUGACGUUAUGUUCCGAAGCUGUUUGCAUCAUGCUUAGUAUUAUAAGACGAAUAGUACAUACCACAGAUAAUGCAGAGUGGCUCAACAACCAUCCUGUAACAUUAAUACAGGUUUUAUUUUCGCUAUAUCAUAAUUUACCAGAUUUCAUGGCGAUUGUCAUGUCAGCGGAUGUGAUUCACUCUUUAAUUGGGGUAUUAUUUCCGUUUCCCAUAACAUUAGCAGAGUCCGGAGCAAGCAGCAUCUCAUCGCCAUCAGAAGAACUAUCAUCAUAUCAUAUUCUCGAGAAUCGCGCAUUAUGCCAAGAUAAUCAAGAUUUAACAAGCCACCCGGUUCGGAAAUUUAUAAUUGAUUUUCUACGAGUUGUUGCUGUUGAUUCGUUUAGUUUAGCAUGCAACGGAAAAAACCUUCCAAUUAUCGACAGUAUUUUAGACGAUCAACCUGAUAAUUAUUCCAACACUGCAAGAUGUACGUUCAUUACGGAAAUGAUAGGCACUUUAAUGGAUCACUUAUUAGCAGCUGAUAUACUAGUCGGUGAACAAGCGGCGCUUCCCAUUGUUCCGUUGUUGCAAAGUCACGUACAAAAUAUUGCUCCUAACGUUUUCUACUUAUCAGCUCGAAUCGUCGAUAAAUUAUGGCAGGGCAGUCUUAAUAGAGAUCCACAUGAAAUUUUUGAAUUUAUAAUAAAAUUAAUAGGUCAAGCAAAACGUCGCUCAAAUGCUCUAUCCCUCGAUCAACUAUAUCAUUCUUUGAAUCGUUGCAUUUUGUAUCUUAUAUCUCGAACUACGGAUACUGUGUCGGAUCAAAUGAUGGUAAUGGAGGCGUUACACAAACUUACGACCAAUCGGUUAAUAAUUUUCGGGGCUGGAAAUCAUGAACUGGAAUUUAUUGGAUGUUUAACUUACUGUUUAAUGCAAUUGACAGCUAACGAAAAAAUAGCAUAUUACGUGAAGGAUAGCUCGGACAAUAUUCGGACAACUACAUGGCAUGUAAAUCCUAUUGAUAAAUUAAUUAGUGUCAACGAAGAUGAUUCUCUGAAUCAUCAUCAAGGCACGAAUUUAAUUGCUAAUGCGGCAUCACGUGUAUGGGAAGAGUUGUAUGUGUGCAAGAAACCAGCAAUUGAGGAAGUGUUCAAAAUAACGUUAACUGCACCACUAAAUUACGCCAAAGCACCAGAUAUGAUAAUUACAAGGGAACAGAUAUUAGAUGUCGCUUUAAAACUAUGGUUGAGUUAUCUAGACGGUGAAAAAAAGGCUCUAUAUAAAGUACCGUGGGAUUUGCAUAACAACAUACAAUCAAAAAUUCAAAAAGUGACGGGCAAUUUGACGAGGUUGGCAAGUCGUACAAAAGUUAGAAAAGAUGACCAGUCAAAGGAAAAAUCCGACCCAGAUAUGGAAACUAUCUAUCAGCUCAAUUUGGUUAACUUAUAUUUAGUUAAAGAAUUCUGGGAAACUCGUUGCACCCAACAUUUGCAUACAGCGCAGCAUACCCAAAGGUAUGUUUACCAUGAAUGGUUACAAUCAGAGUCGGAAUUGUUUAGGGAGCGUGGUCUUUGGGGUGCGGAAGAAGCUAACGAUUUUACUAAAUGGAUGCUUGAUACUACAGAAGGGCCAUACAGGAUGCGUAAAAAGAUGAUUAAAAAUGAUUCGUUCUACACUCAUUACCCUUAUCGACCGGAAAUGGAGAUAUCUGACCAAGCUUGUCGACAAAUGAAAUACAAAGUAGCAACUAGUCUCGACAGUAAGAAAUACUACCUUAGUGUGAAGAAUGUACCCAUCGUUUUGUCGCUCCACACAGAGCAGGAACAAGGAUCAGAGACUCUGAAUAGAACCGAUAAAAUAGGAAGAAGUUUACAGGACAACGAGCAAGGAUAUGAUGUGGAAGAUGAGGAAGAACUGUCAUCCACAUUGGAUAAUCAAACACUACUACGAUUGCUAGAAGAAAAAGAAAAGAUAUCACAUAUCUUUCGGUGUGCACGAAUACAGGGAUUAGACACUUACGAAGGUUUAAUCUUGUUUGGAAAAGAGCACUGCUAUGUAAUUGAUGGUUUUACGCUGUUGAAAAAUCGCGAAAUUAGGGACAUCGACUCACUUGUAUGUGGAAGUUAUGAGCCAAUUUUGCCGAAUCCAGGAAAUGCAAGAAUAUCGCACGAAAUGAAGCAAACAUCCAAAUUUGCCUAUGAAGAGAUUCGUGAGGUGCAUAAACGUAGAUAUCUCCUACAGCCUAUUGCUUUGGAAAUUUUUUCCGGCGAUGGACGGAAUUUUCUGCUUAGUUUUCCUAAGAAAGUGCGAAACAAAGUUUACCAAAGAAUAAUGUCCAUGGCUACAUCAAUUGCUGAUAAUGCUCAACAGUCAGUAGCGGGUCAAAGUCGCACGGCCAAUGUAGAACAAUCAUCAAGUUUACUCAGUAGUCUGAUCGGAGAGACAUCUGUCACGCAGCGAUGGGUGCGUGGAGAAAUAUCUAAUUUUCAGUAUUUGAUGCAUUUAAACACACUGGCGGGAAGGUCUUAUAAUGAUUUGAUGCAAUAUCCCGUAUUUCCAUGGAUUUUAGCCGAUUACGAGUCCACGCGACUUGACUUGACCAAUCCAAAAUCAUUUCGUGAUUUCUCUAAGCCUAUGGGAGCCCAAUCUAAAGAUCGCCUCCUGCAAUUUGAGAAACGUUACCACGAAUGGGAUGAUCCCCAUGGAGAAACUCCUCCUUAUUUCUACGGAACACAUUACAGUUCAGCAAUGAUUGUUUGCUCAUAUCUUGUUCGUUUGGAGCCAUUCACACAGCAUUUUUUACGUUUACAAGGUGGUCAUUUCGAUCUUGCAGAUCGAAUGUUUCACAGCAUCGAGGAGGCGUGGCAUUCAGCAUCUAAACACAAUAUGGCUGACGUAAAGGAACUUAUUCCUGAAUUCUUCUAUCUACCCGAGUUUUUAACGAAUGCUAACAACUUCGAUUUUGGUUGUAAGCAAAACGGGGACGUUUUAAAUCACGUGGUGUUACCACCUUGGUCGAAAGGAGACCCAAGGGAAUUUAUCAGGUUACAUCGCGAGGCAUUAGAAAGUGAUCAUGUUAGUCAACAUCUACAUUUGUGGAUUGACCUUAUAUUUGGAUACAAGCAACGUGGACCGGCUGCUAUAGAAGCGGUGAAUGUUUUUCACCAUCUUUUUUAUGAAGGAAACGUUGAUAUUUAUAACAUUGAUGAUCCGCUCAAAAAAAAUGCAACGAUUGGAUUCAUAAACAAUUUCGGUCAAAUUCCAAAACAAUUAUUUCGCAAAGCCCAUCCAGCAAAAAAAGUUCACUCAUUGAAACAUUCGGCGUUAGAAUCCAAUUCCCUAUUACUUUCAGGGCAAACAGGUUUAACAAACGAUAAAUUGUUUUUUCACAACUUGGAAGCGUUAAAAUCAAGUUCACAAGCAGUAAAAGAACUCAAGGGACCGGUAGGACAUAUAAUACAAACGGAAAAGUUCUUUUUAGCCGUGGAGCAGAACAAAAUUUUGAUGCCUCCUAAUUUUAAUCGUUAUAUAGCGUGGGGCUAUGCCGAUCAUUCGAUACGAAUCGGCAUGUAUGAUUCGGAUCGAGCAUUAUUCGUUUGUGAAAACGUUGCACCCGAUUCAGGAGAAAUCCUUGCUUGUGCAUGUCCGAAUGCUAGAACAAUAAUUAUGGCUGGCACUAAUUCCAUUUUAACUGUCUGUGAUAUAGAUUUUAAGCAUAAGCAAUUAUUUGUUAAGCACACUUUACAUGGGCAUACGGAUGCCGUUACUUGCUUAGCUGCAAGUACAGCCUUCAAUAUAAUCGUAUCCGGUUCUAAAGAUCGAUCUGCAAUCAUAUGGGACAUGUCCAGAUACAAAUAUGUGCGUCAGUUAUCCAGCCACGUCGGUGUGGUUGCUGCUGCUAGCAUAAAUGAACUUACGGGUGACAUUGCAACGUGCUCUGCUACAUGGUUAUACAUAUGGUCUAUUAACGGCGAUUGUCUAGCAAAGGUUAAUACAAGUAUCGGAUCUGCCGAUCACAUGCAACAAAUUCUAUGUGUGAUGUUUUCAUAUAAAAAUGAAUGGGAUAAGGAUAACGUUAUAUUAACCGGCUCCACAGACGGAGUAGUGAGAAUAUGGUCCUUGGAUUAUGUACAAAUACCAACAGAACGCCAAAGUUGCAGCGAUACUCAUUUGUUUUCAGAUGAUUCCUUAGGUUGCGAGGAAAUUGAAGAGAUGGGAGGCUCUGCUUUUGAUGUUGCAGGAACAGUUGUAAAAUCAUCAUCUGCAAGCACUUUAUAUAAAAAGCAAUCAUUAGACCUCAAUAAGGAUAGCAACGUGAAAGAUAAGGAAGAUAACACUAUGGAAUCUUUAAAUGUUGUGUCGAAUAUUAAAGCUGUGUCAAUUGAUCGUCAUCUAAAUCAGUUCAAAUCGAUAGAUGAAAGACAACGAAUACAUAAGGGUGACAGCCACAAAACAAGGGAUGUUUUUCGCUGGAUACGACAAUUAAUAUUUCGAACUAAGCUAACAAUGCAUACAGCAUACGACCGUAAAGAUAAUAUUGAGCCCGCAAGUAUUACUUCAUUGGCAAUUUCGCUUGACCAUAGAACAAUUUUUGUUGGUGAUGCUAGAGGAAGAAUAUUCACAUGGAGUGUAAUUGAUCAGCAGGCUAGUCGGAAUGUUGCAGAGAGGUGGUUGAAGGAUGGGCGCACAGAAACCUGUGUUGGAUGUAAUAUGCGAUUUAAUCGACAAGAGCGAAAAAUAUAUUGUAAAAAUUGCGGACAACAGUUCUGCAGUAAAUGUUGUCAUGUCGAACCUGGAAUAUUCAACUUAAGAAUUCGUAUUCCUUCUCGUAUCUGUAAUGUAUGUUACUCCCAGUUAAAGGAAACAUGUGAUGUAUAAAUAGUAAGGUCACGUAGCACAAAUAUGUAUAUGUUCGAUAGACUAGGAUCAAGUUAAACAUCAUAGGUCUAGCUCUUGCAAAUCUAUAUCUAUAUAUUGUGAAUAAAAAUAGAAAGUGAAUAAAUUGUUGUGUUUGGAAAUAUUGUAUGGUCCCAGUACUAUAAGUGCAAUGUAAUAUCGAUUAUAAAUAUACUAAAUAUAUAAUAGCAAAUUGGUGUACACAAAAAAAAUAAAGUUUGUUCUUUUUUUUGCAAAAUUUUCA